AUGCACCUGUUAAUCCUUUCUGUGAUAUGUUCCUGCCUUGCAUUUUCCGAAGGACAAGCUGAAGAAAAGUCGAAGGCUGCUUGGAAAAACGUUGUUCGACGCUAUUGA